CUGAAUUUUCUGCGGUAGACAACUAGCUAGUUUGAUACUGAACUUCGGGUGCAUUCUCUUGUUGAUGCUAGAAAAUCCACUUUGGGGUGAAGGUGGAAGGUUGGGGAAGAGGGAGGUGAGAGUAGAGGCGAAAUAUUGGCUGAGUAGGUGAAGGAUUUUUGUGGGCUUGAAAGUAGAGAACAUGGGUUUCUAAUCCAGAAAAAGAAAACAGCACUCGCCCCUGUUCCCUCCCACCUCCUACCCCUCAUCCUAUGACCUCCCAUCAAGACUAGAUCAAUAUUUUAUCAGUCUAUCUAUCGGCAGCAGAUUCCUAGCGCAAACCAGCGGGGGAAGUCAGACAGCGCCCAGGCUGUACUGAGUGAAACAUUAGCCAGCCCCAGUAGAGGUGGCUUUUAAAAAGGUGAUAUAGUCUGCCCUUUUCCCCCGUUUUCUUUUUUAAAUUCCAGCUACGCUCUAACUCUAAGGCUGCCAGUGAAGGAGACAACGCUCGGUGCCCACCAUGCGGUGCUCUUUAGGGCUCUCCUUGAUCUAUGGACUGCCCUGGCUCCUGGCUGCAGUGCCCCAGCUCCCUCCACCAUACGGGGGCCAGCCCAGGAGCUUCCCCCGGGCUCAAACGAGGAGUGGCCGCUCCCAAGAUUCUGCCAGGGGAGCGGAUUUUGAUCGCGUUUACAGCGGGGUGGUGAACCUCAGCACGGAGGAGAUCUACUCCUUCAAUUACACCAGCAAACCAGGAAAGGUGGAUGCUGUGCGAGUGUAUGUGAACAGUUCAUCUGAGAACCUAAAGUAUCCUGUCCUCUUUGUGGUUCGCCAGCAAAAAGGGGUGUUAUCCUGGCAGGUGCCUCUACUCUUCCGUGGAUUGAACCAGAGAACCUAUAACUACCAGGAAGUGAGCCGAACAUUGUGUCCUUCUGAACCUACUAAUGAAACAAGACCUUCAGAGCAACUCAUAUUUGUAGAUGUAGCAUCCAUGGCACCUCUAGGGGCCCAGUACAACUUGCUGGUUACAAAAAUCAAGAACUUCCAAUUACAGACAAAUGUUGCCUUUCAUUUCACUGCCAGCCCCUCUCAACCUCAGUAUUUUCUAUACAAGUUUCCUAAAGAUCUGGACUCUGUUAUCAUCAAAGUGGUAUCUGAAAUGGUCUACCCAUGUUCGGUUGUAUCAGUUCAGGAUAUUGUGUGCCCAGUGUAUGAUCUUGACCAUAAUGUGGAAUUUAAUGGUGUUUAUCAGUCUAUGACCAAGAAAGCAGCUAUCACUGUACAGAAGAAGGAUUUCCCAGGAGAGCAAUUCUUUGUGGUGUUCGUGAUAAAGCCUGAAGAUUAUGCUUGUGGAGGAUCCUUCUUCAUCCAGGAAAAGGAAAACCACACUUGGAAUCUUCAGCGAACAAAGAAUCUUAAAGUGACCAUUGUUCCCUCUAUUAAAGAAUCUGUUUAUGUGAAAGCCAUAUUACUGAGCUUCCUAAUAUUCUUCUCCUUCUACUUGGGGUCGCUACUUGUUGCUUUUGUGCACUAUGCCAGAUUUCGGGGAAAAUCCGUAGAUGGGAGAUAUUGUUCAAGUGAUGGAUCUAGGAAUGUAACUGAUUCCCACCCCAUUGCCACCAGUACACCUGAAGGGAGCAGCUAUGGGGCAAUAGAUGAGUCAGUCUCCAGUGGUGGCAGGCAGAUGUCUUCAUCAGAUGGUGGGGGACAAUACCAAUCAGACACAGAUAGCUCAGUGGAAGAGGAGAGUGAUUUUGACACUAUGCCAGAUAUCGAGAGUGAUAAAAAUGUCAUCCGAACCAAGAUGUUCCUCUACCUGUCGGACCUGUCUAGGAAGGACCGAAGAAUUGUCAGCAAGAAAUAUAAAAUUUAUUUUUGGAACAUCACAACUAUUGCCGUGUUUUAUGCCCUUCCUGUGAUCCAGCUGGUUAUCACUUACCAGACUGUUGUGAAUGUGACUGGCAAUCAGGACAUCUGCUACUACAACUUUCUCUGUGCUCACCCUUUGGGGUCCUUAAGUGCCUUCAACAACAUCCUCAGUAACCUUGGUCAUGUACUUCUGGGUUUCCUCUUCCUCCUGAUAGUCUUGCGUAGGGACAUCCUCCACCGAAGAUCAUUGGAAGCUAAAGACAUCUUUGCAAUGGAAUAUGGGAUUCCCAAACACUUUGGACUUUUCUAUGCUAUGGGCAUUGCUCUGAUGAUGGAAGGAGUACUCAGUGCUUGCUACCAUGUCUGCCCUAAUUAUUCCAACUUCCAAUUUGACACUUCCUUCAUGUAUAUGAUUGCGGGACUCUGCAUGCUGAAGCUCUAUCAGACCCGCCACCCAGACAUCAAUGCCAGUGCCUAUUCUGCCUAUGCGUCCUUUGCUGUGGUCAUCUGUCUGACUGUCCUUGGAGUGUUGUUUGGGAAAAAUGACAUGUGGUUCUGGGUUAUCUUCUCAGCAAUCCACAUUCUGGCAUCACUUGCACUCAGCACACAGAUAUAUUAUAUGGGCCGCUUCAAAAUAGAUUUGGGAAUUUUCCGCCGGAUUGCAAUGGUAUUCUACACUGACUGUUUCCACCAGUGUAGCCGACCACUAUACAUGGACAGAAUGGUACUGCUCAUUGUUGGAAAUCUUGUUAACUGGUCCUUUGCCCUAUUUGGAUUGGUAUAUCGACCCAGGGACUUUGCCUCUUACAUGUUGGGGAUUUUUAUCUGUAACCUGCUGCUGUACCUAGCCUUUUAUAUUAUUAUGAAGCUCCGCAGUUCUGAGAAGGUCCUCCCCAUCCCACUGUUCUGCAUCAUUGCCACAGCUGUGGUGUGGGCAGCAGCCCUUUACUUUUUCUUCCAGAAUCUUAGCAGCUGGGAGGAAACUCCAGCAGAAUCCCGGGAAAAGAAUCGCGAUUGUAUCCUGCUGGGUUUCUUUGAUGACCACGAUGUCUGGCAUUUCCUUUCUGCUACUGCCCUGUUUUUCUCAUUCUUGGUAUUAUUAACUCUAGAUGAUGAUCUGGAUGUUGUGCGGAGAGACCAGAUCCCUGUCUUCUGAGUGAGAGGAAGUGGUCACUCUUGAUACUGCCCCCUAGAUCAUGCAGUGACUGCAUCAGAGCUGCUAUUGCUAGAGAUUCUCUGAUCAUCUGCCAAGACGACAGACCUAAAUGCAUCCAUAUAGUGAGCAUGUGAGAAGAGGAGAAGGAACUGGAAAGAUCCUACCCUAUGUCCCUUUGGACAUAAUGCAUCAUGGCCAAGGCCGAAGGCCAGCGACACACCUUGAAUUCUUCUAUUUGCCACCGUGCAAGUGAGAAGUGAACAAGACCUAUAGAUAGCAUUUAUAAGGCAUUGUCUUGCAAUCCCUCCUCCCAAAAUUGCUUAGCAGUGGCAAACUGAUGGUGCCCGGUUUUAUGUAAUCUCAGUGCCCAGUAGAACUAAAAACUGACAUCACCUGAGAAAUUUUAGCUACAGUCACUUGUUUCUGUAAGCUCUUCUGCUCCUGAACAAGCCAAAGCAUCAGUUUGCAUCUUCUGGGCUCUGGUGGUGAUGGUCACCCUUUCAGCGUGCAGUAUAUAAACUAGAUAGCCCAUGUCAAAGUCUCCCCUCAGCCAGGGGAUGGUGUCAUGAAUCCAGGAUGGCACACUUUUUGAAAGAAAAGCUAAAUAUUUUUGAAUAGAUUCCUGAGUCCAUUAAGAGGAUUUGUAAUAGGACUUUUGCUGGCUGUUCCUUAUGACAGAGCCCUUUUCUCAUGAUGGUCAACUGGUUCAGAAUACUCAUCUUCUUAACUCUCCUUCUGCCUAUCAAGCACACUUUUCAAAUGUCUGCAUCUCACUGCUCUCUCUUGACUCCAUACUUCAACUUAUCUUCCUAGGAAGGCUCUGCUCCUUGAUCCUCCCACUAGCUCCUAGUGGGACAGAUACCCUCUCAAAGCAUGUGUCAGGGCAGGAAAAUCCCAACACCAGCAUAAUAAUAUGCAGCAAGUGAAGUCAACCCAACAUUCCAGUUGACAAGAUCAUCAGCAACUUCAGGAUUAAAUGUAAUCUGCCUCACCUUAGGGGCCUAAUCUUAGAAGAUUCUAGACUUUUGGUGCAAAUGCCCCACUCUGUUCUUCUACCCAAAUAGCUAAAUGGUGCACCUAAAACAUCAAUGGGAGAGAGGGAGGCAAACAAGUCAGAGCCAGAACACUUGGCAACAUAUUCAGAUGAGCUCUAACAAUAACAGGAGGCCUGCCUCUUAGUUCCCCCUUUCUUCAAUAGACUCAGAUCAUCCUGCCUUGAGCUGUUUUUAAGCACCUUUUCCUAGCUCUAAUUGGACUUUUGCUGGCUGUUCCUUUAAUGAUCCCUUUUGGCAAUACUUGAUAGUCUUUUUUUUUUUUUCCCAAAAAAAAAAAAAGUGUGGAAAAGCUUAGAAUCUUACUGUGUGACAGGCCUGCCUCUGUGAGGCUAGGAGGCUCCAUUUUAAGAAGGUGUUUGAUAUGAAAAGAAAACUGAAUUUUGGGUGAAAUAUAAUUUGAAUAUAUUUCUUUGACCAGGACCAAGACCAAGAGAUGAGUUUUGCAUUUUUUUAAAGUACUUUUUAGCAUUAUCCUUACUCUAACAUAUUUGCAUAGCAUUAAAAAAAUACAUUUUGGAAGUUUUAACUUGGCAAACCUUUUCUUGCUUUCAAAACAUGUGCACAUGUACAAAAAUGCUUGCAGUGAAAUAUUUUGUGAAACAUUUCUGAACAGCCAAAAUGGAUUUAAUAGCAUUCUGUUUUUCUUCAUUCUUAAAAAGGCUCAUUUUUAUAGUUAUAGCCACAUGGAGGCCAUCAAUUACAUACUCAUCUUAAAUCAUAAAACCAAGUCCAAAGCCUGUUUAACAGCACCUGGCACUCUUCUAGACUAUAAUCCAUGAAUUUUUUUUAUUUUUUUAAUUAAUUUUUUGUUUAUAGUCCCCACUAAGGAAAAAUAAGACCAAUAAAAAUCCAUCCAACCAGCACCAUCCAACCAACCUAAUCAGAGCAAGCUGUAAGAUCCAUUACCAAUUCUGCAUCUUCCUUGGAAAAUAAGUCAGUAGAACCAAAGGGUGGGAAGUGAUAUGGAGAGAUCAGGAUGCUAUUACAACAUUGUAUUUUUUAUCAUUACUCUGAUGUCUACUUUGUGCUGUAAAGUCCCUGAUUGUUGUGAAUUUUGUUCUGUGCAGCAGGAUUGUAAACCCAAAUCAACCCUGCCAUGAUAAAUAUCAAUACUGAGAUGCAA